CUGGUGCCGGGCACGCCGCGCCCCCUGUCGGGCCUGCUGGCCGUGGCGCUGUGCGCCCCGGGCAUGUUUCAGCCGGGCCUGAAGAAGGUGGUGAUCUUCUCGAAGAUCUCCCUGGGCUGCGCCAUCUGCUUCGUGCUGGUGCUUCUGACGCUGGCGCUCUCGCCCACGCCCGUUGGCGCUCAGCCGCUCGAGCAGGAGAUCUGGCGGCCCGACCAGAUGUUCGUGGCGUGGCCGAUCUUCGGGUACAUGUUCGCCGUGCAGCCCAGCGGGAUGAUCAUCCUCUCCAGGCUGGAAGCCAGGGGGCGCCAGCCCGACCACAUGGACGAGGACAGCGCUGCCGACCUGCGAGAGGCACGCGCCCGCGUGACCCUGAACGGCUACGUCGUCUCCAUCGUCAUCGGCUACGUCAUCGGCGUCAGCUCAUACAAAAGGUUCGGCGAGCACACGCAAGGCAACAUCAUCCGGAGCAUCCACGACUCCCCCGAGGGCCUGCUGCCUGGCUGCGUCGUGCUGCUCCAGCUGAGCUCGGCGGUGAUGCUGCUGUGCUCGGCGGCCUUCGUCAUGGUGUCCUUCCGCUUCGCCGUCGUGGAGGUCAUGCGGCUCGUGGGCGUGCCGCUGCCGCCGGCGGGCGAGGACAUCCCGACGCAGCUGAGGCAUCGGAUCACCUGCGGAGUCCUCUGUGGCAUGUGCGUUGUGUCGAUGGCGUGCGACGACAUAUCCAUAGUGUACCGGGCGAUCGGGUCGGUCGCCACCCAGUUCUUUGCGUUGAUCCUUCCCGGGGCGUUCUCGAUCCGACUCGGGCAGGGCAUGGCAGUACGGAAGAUGUGGGGACCUCUGCUGAUCACUAUCUUGGGG